AUGGACGAAGAAAGGGAAGCAGUGAGAAACUUCCCUAAGAAUGACGAAGCUCUCAAUCUGCCCGAAGAACCAGGAUUUUGCUUUGACUUGACCGCGCUCCCAGACCCCCCAGGCGACUUCACUUUUCUCGGUAGACGUUAUGAUGAUGUUUGGAAUGAGAGAAGCUUCAAGGCGGCACCCACGAAGCUGCUGGGCAGACUCCAUUUCUGGGGAAUCUAUUUUACGGAUCGAUUUACGCCCACUAAGACUAUAAUAUUGUUGGCUUUGUGGAAGCUGAUGUAUCAUAUGCCAGAAAGAACCCGCCCCAAAACUGCAACUGAGCUUUACAGUCUUGAUCGUGACACUGGGCCCCGGCUACUGGGGUGGGAGCAUCAUGAUCCAAAUGUCGGACCGAUUAGCCGAUUCCAUCGCAUUCGACCUACUCCUGGCCAAGGGACAGCACCUGGGUAUGUCCGGCCAGGUGGCGUACCAUCUUCUGUCACAGAUGUUGAGGUCGAGAGAUAUCUUUUGCCCGUUGAGAGAGCUGUCGUUCAACCAAGUCAACCUACUCAACCCCCGAGAAGAAGAAGAAGACCCGUCAAAUCGGCAGACGCUGCUCUCUUACGGGCAUUCUCGACAGUACCAACUGACCUCUACGAAGGAGUUGAUGACGUACCAACUGACCCCCACGAGGGAGUCAAUGAAGCACCAACUGACCUUGUAGCACCAACUGACCUCCACAAGAGAGUCAAUGAAGCACCAAUCGACCUCUACGAGGGAGUCAAUGAAGUAUCAAUUGACCUCUACGAGGGAGUCGAUGACGUACCAACUUCUCCUAUGAAAGGACCGCCUGUUUAUACUCCGCGAGGAUUGUCACCCGUUAUACCCUCAGAAUCAUUGCCGGAUUACCAGCAGGUCACAGAGGAAUUGGAGAAGCUUAUUUACAGAUAUACCUAUCGUCAUCUUGAGAGGGCUCAUUUUGCUCCGCAAAGGACUCCGAGAUCAAAAAGGAUAGCUCAAUCUAUUGACGACUUGGAGACAGUUCAAAUUGGAACGCACUCAGCCCAUUCGCAUCUCAGGCUCAAUCCCGUGACAUUCGAACUCGACAAAAAUUCCACUCACCUUUAUCCAUAUCGAGGUAGAGGUCCAAUUUGGUCUGGCAAUUCCUGCUCCGUGGAUUGCGUUAUCGUAUUGGGCAUGUUACUAGACAUCGGGUGUACAAACAUAGAUCGCGAAAGUUGGCGAUGGAAGCAGAUUACCGAUCUCGAAAAAGCAUUUAUCGAGAUAACAAAUGUUAACUGGGAUGGUCUUACCAUAAGUCAGAAUAUUCAGAUGAGAGACCUGUUCCGCAAAAAGCUGUGUGCCGAAGUCCCCAUGAUGGAUAUGAUAUCGCCCCAACCGGCCUGGGCUAUCUGGUCGGAGUGUACGAAAAAUAUCGAACAAUUUUACUUCAAAUACUCCGACUUUUACAAAUCAUGUGCUUGUGCAAACCAGCAAUUUGUAGAAGGAAAUAAAUUUGCAAACUGUGUGCUGCCGAGUAUCGACUAUACUGACGCCGAGGGUAUAUGGUUAUCAGAUUUGGUUGAACGGGUGAUUUACAAUAAGCGCCUGAGUCCGUGCAUUCACUGUGGCGCCGAAACCGAUGUCUGGGAAACAAGAGUUGAGCAACUGCCCCCUCGAAUGGUGAUAUCAAACUACAUGGGUCGCCGGAUCCGAGUCUACAACCACACAGAAGACGUUCGGUUUCGCUAUAUUGACGAGUUUGGCACCGAAAAAGUGGCAGCCUAUCGUUGGCUCGGAGGAAUCUAUCACAAAGACGCACAUGUUCGAGUCUUCUGGAGUGACCAGGAGCGAGGCGAUCAACUACGCACAAAUAUCCGUAUGUACGACGAUGAGCUAAAUGCAGGUGUCAUUGCUGGGGGGAUCCCACCAGAGCACAUAAACGACCGAGUACCUUAUGAUUGGACUAAUAUCGGCUUUUUAAUUGGGGUUUACGAGCGCAUUAUCAAUCCUGCUUUUGACAUGCUGAACAAGGCUACCGAAUCCCUCCGGAGAAUGGAGAUGGCCAUCGACGCAGGCAAGGCGAUAAUGGAUAAACACCAUCCCUGGGCGCAAGAAUUUGGCCUCAGUUUCCACAACGAUCCGAAUACAGAGCAGCUCAAUCCAUCUGAUGAGUCGCGCGUUAUUCCCAUCACCGCCGAACGAUUCCGCGAUGUUAGCCUCAUUCAACUACCUGCUUCUGUGCCUCGGCCUCAGGAUGUGAAUAACUUCCAGUUCGAUGACCUGCAAACGUUAUUGACUGCCUGGCCACCCGAGGAUCAAGUUAUGGACGAAGCACCUCCUCAGUACGAGAAUCUGUUCGAUUCCAUGCUGAACUCACCCUCCCGACUUGCAAACUUUCCGGAAUUGUGGCCAAAUGGUGUUCCCAACGAGAAUGGUGGUCUGGGUUUCCCGAAUUUGCCGCGCUCCAACUCAUCAAAGGGUAGUAAAGAUUCCAAUCAAGCGAAGACUCCGGUCAUGGAUUACGUCCAUUGGCCUUCGUCUUCUUCAAGUAACGGAUCUCGUGAAGCUCGUGGACGAAAUCAGUGGGGAAAGCCUACUGCAGGCAUUCGUGGCAUUCGCAAGGUACCUCGUCCCGAUACGCGGUUGUCAGUAACUAGAGAAAGGCGCCCGUCGCGCGAAGCACGAAGAAUUAUCACACGACAGGAGAGAGCUUCAAUCAUCCCCGAAAGGUUUCCCAAGCAGGAAUCCGUUGAGAAAGAUGUCAAGCCGAAGAUCAAGACCGAGAAUGGAAGCCAAGAAGAAGUUAAAGCGCCAUCUGAAGACAAAGCUCCAUCCAAAGACAAAGUGUCAUCCAAACACAAGGUGAUAUCUAAAGACGCAGGUUCAUCUAAAGCCAAAGAAAAAAAGUCCAGGAAGUCACGUCGCCCUAUCCCGGCCAAUCCAGCAGACAGCUCCUCUUCAAACCCAAGAAAGAGGCAAAUUAUUGGUGAGAAAUCAACCACCAAACCAUCCGGGCAUACAGCUAAGAUGACUUCAAAUCCUAAGGGUCUUCACGCAGGCGCUAGAACAAGGUACCUUGUCGGAAAAUCUACGAUUGGUGUUUUAUCGCGAGAGGAGCUUUCGAAGCUUGACCGGAAAACGCUUUCUAGUUUUGACCGUGCAAGGCUACGAAGCUCUCCAAGGGACAUUAUCAUGCCUGAUGCACCGCCAAGCGAAAACCCAAGUGCAGAAGCUCUAAGUCGUGUGAGGGCCGCUUUGAGUGAAAGAAUGAGUAAGAAAAAAGAUGUAGAGGAUGCGAUUAUGCUUAGCGAGGAAGGUGAAGAGAUCGAUGAUUUGGAACCCGGGGAUUUUGAAGAUGAAUAUAUAGAAGAUGAAGAAGAAGAAGAAGAAAUUGAUGACACAGAGGUAUUGAGAAGCAGCAAAGUUGACAAGCAAAAGUCAAAGCCAGCAAGUGAACAGCCUUCUGGUAAGCCAGCUAUACCAAUGAUAGGAACAAGGAUAGACAAGCAGACUGGGCAGGUUAUCAAAGCCCCUUCUGGUGAACCAGGAAUAUCAACGAUGGGAGCCCCAAAGAUAGACAGAGAGACUGGAAUGGUUAUCAGCGCACUUCCACCAGUACCAGCAUCAAUUUUAAGUAAGUCAAUCCUGCGCUCUAUUAAUCGAAAAUAA